UCUCCGGGUAAACAUCUCCUCUCUACCGCUCCUGUGCGCUCCUUCAUCAUGGAGCAGAACAGCGAGAUCAUGGAGCACCAUGUCGAGGAGGAGAUGGAGAAGAGGAAGGGUGCUGCCUCCUCCUCCUCCUUCCUGGAGAGUGAGGCCCACAGUGGUACCCAGUCCUCCCACAGACUGCUGGCCUACAGCGACGCUCUCAUCUCCAUCAUCGCCACCGUCAUGAUAUUACCUGUUGCCCAUACGAAGAUGGAGAAUAAUGAGGAGUUGAGGCAGAGCGUUCAGCUUCUGCUCACAACAAAGAUAGCCGUUUACUUGAUGACGUUCCUGAUCGUCACUGUUGCAUGGGCUGCUCAUAUCAGGUUAUUUCAAGUGAUUGUACGCAUUGAUGAUUGUCUUGCACUGCUGAACCUCGCCUGCAUGAUGCUGAUAACCUUCCUACCGUACACAUUCUCUCUGAUGGCCACCUUCCCUGAGAACAUCCUCGGGAUUUUACUCUUCUGUGGUUGUGUGAUGGUGAUGGGCGUCAUCCAGUCGGUGAUCGUGUUGUACGCCUUCAGCCGUCCCUUCCUGCUGAACGAGCAGAUCCAGAUCUCAGAGAACCAGACCUUCUACAAACACCACAUCCUCAAAGUCAUCAUGCGGGUUCCCAUCAUGUGCUUCUUCGCCAGCAUCUUCUCCUUCAUCUUCUUUCAGCUGUCUUACGUGCUGCUGGCGGUCGUCAUCUUCCUGCCGUACAUCUCCCAGUGUUUGAAGUGGUGUCGCAGCAAAGCAAUUGGUCCGGUGCCGGAGAGUCCAGACUCCAUGUUGUUUUACACCUACCUGCCCAACGAGCCCCUCAGCAAGGACCGGGUGGAGGCUUUCAGCGAUGGAGUCUAUGCCAUCGUAGCAACGCUUCUCAUCCUGGAUAUUUGCGAGGACAACGUUCCGGACCCGACCGUGGUGCAGAAGCAGUUUGGCGGGAGCCUGGUGGCGGCUCUGCAGGUCUACGGCCCGGAGUACCUCGCCUACUUCGGCUCCUUCGCCACCGUCGGCCUCCUCUGGUUCGUUCACCACUCGCUCUUCCUCCACGUCACCAAGACGACGCGCCUCAUGGGCCUGCUGAACACCUUCUCGCUGGCGUUCGUCGGAGGUCUUCCUCUGGCCUACCAGCUCACGCACGAGUUCCCGCGCAACUCCCGCAACGAGCUGGAAGCCAUCCAGAUCAGCUGCGUGAUCAUUUUCUUCGCCGGUAUUUUCCAGCUCACCAUUUGGGUGGUCGCUCUUUACAACGAACAGGAAGCUCUGCACCCAUACGUGCGAUACGGCGGCCGCGAGCACAUAUUCAUGCUAGCUAAGCUAUCGCUGUACCCAUGCAUAGCUCUGGGGACCUUUUUCCUGACAUGCAUUUUGAGUAAAUUCAGCGCCUCCAUUUUCCACCUCAUGGAGAUUACGGUGCCUUUUGCUUUUCUCGUGUUGAGGCUGUUGGUGCGAGGCGGGUUAGCAUUGCUACGGCUAAUUUUCUGCCCCGACAGGCUCGACCAGAGGGGCGUCGUAGAGGAGGAAGACGACGAGACGAGAGUGCCGUUCAACGCUUUAAUCACCUAGCUAGCUUAGAGGGAAGUGGCGACAGAAAAAUAAAGCUAGCUGACAGAGCGGUGAGGCGUUGAUGCUAAAACGAUUAGCCUCAGAAAGAGUUUACUGAAAGGGACGGAAUUGGGAAUCACAUGGAGAAGCAGAUCAACAUUAAAAGUGCUUCUAAUGUUGAGAAGGAAUCAGUGAAAAUAGGAUUGGCAGAGGGCGAAGCAUGGAAGUAAAGUAGUGACAGCAUGAUACUGACAGCCAAAGCCUAUCCAUUCAUUUUUAUUUAAAACGAUUACUUGAAGAAUUUUGAUUAGCAAUUAACCAACAAUCAUAUUCAGGCACUCAAAGGUCCAGGAAGAAACAAAGGGUUAAAAAAAUUGAACUAUUUUCUGUUUUUAAGGGGAAAGGCUUUAAGACAUGUAAGGAAAGUCAUCAGUUAGCAGAUUAUUUAACAGGAAAAACAAGCUUUUUUAAUUAUAGUUCAGUCACUGUGCUGAUUAAAGGUGUAACAUGAAGAGUCCGUCCAGCUGGUGUGGUUGUAAUUCUGCCUUUAUUCGUUGUUUCUUUCACCUCUUCUCAUCCAGAGACAAUUUGCUAAGCAUGUUCAAACAUGUUGUCGAUAUAAAUGUUGAAGUUUACCUGUUAGCAACUAGCGGGGUUAAAGUCUGAAGCUAAUGCACUUUAAACAUUAUGCGGAACGGGUACGGCCAUAAAAUUGUAAAUUGCACGUUUUAAAAUAUAUUUUGAUUCAGAAACGUCCAACAUAAUUCCCUAAGAGGCAAGAGGAGGAAAACAAUUCUGGUGAUUCAGUUUCUAAGUCUGAUCUAAAUUGUUUUCAACAGGUUAAAAAUAAAGUUUUGCCAGGGUUAUCUUUCUAUGUUCCCAAAAGUUCUUGAUUUCAUCUGUGAAACAGGUGGGAAAGUAUGGUUUUGGCAUGUGAUUGUUUAUUGUUAUAACUAUCAUUUUGGCUAAAAGCAUACAUUUUUAUGUACAAUAAAUUCACCUUGUGUUUGGAGUUCAAGGAGAAAUGUAAACUUACCUAGAAGAAAACAUGAAUGUUUUUAGUCUUAAUUAGAACGUGGGUUAGUGGUGGUUUUCAGCCUCUUGUGGCCAAAAUGAGUAUUACAACUACAAACAACACAAAUUCAAGGAAUUUAGAAAGAUUAUCCUGGCCAAACCUUUUUUCACCAGUUCUUAAGUAAUAAACACAGAAGAGCAAACAAUUCAGAUUAUAUUAAGCAAAUGGAUCAGCAAAUUCUUUUGUUUUCACACUGGCUUCUCUGGGCUUUCGUAGUUAUUUUUAUAUGUUCUAAUCACUGGAAUGUUAUCUCACCUUUUUAGUUGUCACAAUGCUUUUUACUAUUUCUAAUGGGUUUUUUUUUAGGACAGCUGUGCACGUAAAUGUCUCCGAAAACUAUAUGUGUAAAAGUAAAAAAAAGGCCAGAUUGUGCUUGUCUGUUGUUGAUUUUUGUUUCAUUGAUCAUGAUUUCAGGUUUUCUUUCUUUCAACUUAUUAUUACAUGAUAUCAAGAUCAGAACAAAUACUUUUAUUUUAACUGGAAAUUAUUGUUAUUGUUUGUUUUUUAUGGAGAGGCUUUUAAAAUCAGGUGAAGUACAUUUCUCCAGAAGGGUUCACUGUUGUUUCUGUUAAAUUGUCCUGAAACAUGUGUAAUGAUGAUGUGUGUUUGAUACUGACUCAAAAGAGAGAAAUCUGAGACGCAAUUUAAUGGAAACCUGUCAGGUGAUGGAGAAGGGCUACUCAUACAGACAAGUGACUAAACAACAGUUUAAAUAACGACAACAAAGACAAAAAAGGAGUUUUACUUUUCAAGAUGGAGAAAAAUAUCUUGUUUGUGAUUGGUUUGUCAUUUUUUCUUGUUUUGGUUGUCAUGUUUUUAUUCUGUUGAGGAUAAAUAAGCAGCAGCUUCAAGAUCUAACCUGCAUUAAGAAGCAAGUUUGGUUUUAUUUAUGAUUAUUUGUAUCUAAUGAUCUGUAAUCAGCUUUGGUUGAUAUGAAUGGGAAAUAAUGACAAACUAAACAUUUUGUCUGAUAUUUCACCUAAGAUAAAAUAACUUUAUGUGUAUUUAUCAAACCAUAUUUUCCAAUUUUUGAGACAUUUAUUGUUACUGAGGCCAGAAGAGUCCCUUUCCAAAUAUCACCUUUGACAGAUUUCUGUUGUCAUAUUUAGUUGUUGUCUGUUUUGUAACGCUGCAUUUGCUCUUUCACACUGUGCAAAAUCUUUUAUUUUUUUAUGGCAAAUCAGAAACUGUUUAGCUUUGUUUUGUGAAUAAAUCUGAAGUUGUUCCGUCAACGUG